AUGCAUGCCUUUCGACCCUUUGACGACACAGGUAAUCGCCGGUCGGCAUGUGACCGAUGCCGUGGCCAUAAGCUACGAUGCGAACGCUCCGUGGGCUCCCUACAGUGUCGCCGCUGCGCAAAGGCUCACACCCAGUGCGUGACCAGCGCCGCACUGAAGUCUGGGCGCCCGGUCCAUCUCUAUAUGGAGCAUCAGGAGAAUAUGGCUGAUCCGCUUGAAUAUGACGCCAUCCCCAUUGAUUUGCGAUUCGGUGACCAACAAACGCCAUUGGCAUUCCCGACUCCACCAUCCUCAAACCUGGACAGAAUGCUAGAGAGCGAUGGGGCCAUUCAGGCUGAUAUGGCUGACAUGAACAUGUUUGGCUCGCCAAUUGCUCUGCAUAAUUUCGAUGCUACGUGGACAGAUGCAUUCGAACAAAGGUCGUCCUCAGUGCCUGAUUAUCAAGUCCAGCCAAUUCAAACUAUCAGACCUGAGAAGGGCAAAGCUCAUAAUCUCCCAUCGGACAAGAAUUUAGAUCUGAUGAAGAGACUAGGCGAGCUACAGAUAAAGAUUCUGGCUGAUCUGGAGACCGUCAAAUCCUGCGGAACUGCGGGCAAUUGUUCCGAUACACCAAGUGUCAUGGAGACUGGGCAAAACAGUAACUAUCUUAUUGGAAAUAUGUUGGACAAUUCGACAAAUUUAAUCGAGAUACUCGAUUGUUUUCAACCAUUCUCACAAGGCAAUACGCCAAUCUCCGACGAAAAUGAAAUUGUUGCCGGCCAAUCGGAUGAUCGACCAUAUUGUAAUACCCCAUUGAUGCUGUUGUUGAGUUCUUCCUAUGUCUCCCUGGUUCGCAUAUAUCGGACGAUACUAUCAUGCAUUUAUGAUUCGCUACCGUUCUUUCUAGGCCCCUCUGGACCAAAAUGCGACCUAUUUCCAGGACUUGAUCUCGGAGGUUUCAGGCUCGCGACGCGCAUUGAUCUUCAAAUCCAAAUUCUGCUACAGGUCAGCGAAGACAUGUUGGACCGGAUUGAAGUGAAGUUGGGCAUCUCGAAUGAAAUACCAAGUAGUGCGAGUGUCAUCCUCGAUCCAGCAAAAGGCUCAAAGUUUUUAGUACCAAUGUUACAGGAAGAAGCCAAUGAACAGCCACCCUUGCAAAAUCAGAGAGGGGCUUGUCCACCACUCAGGCAACUCUUAGCUGAGAUGAAGCAAGCACUCACAGUACACAGCAAAGCAGUCAGAGAAUAG